UGAUUGGUUAUGUCUAAUCAAAAUGGCGAUCCUCAUGUGAGGGACGAAUGCUGUUUACUCGUUACAUUUUGACCAUUAAUACCGGACAUAUAUCAAAUCAUCUCUGAAUCAGCCAUGUUAUCAAGCAUGGCUUUAAGAAGUGCUUUUAAAUCGACAUCUGUCGUUCUGCGAGAAUGUGGUGUUUUAUCCAGGCUGAAAGGAACCUAUGCGUCUCUCCAAUUGAAACAUGGGGCAUUCACCUCUGUCACCACAGGGCCUUCACACAGCCACAAUGAGACUGCAUUGACAGGUAUUGGGAGUUUCGCCAUUCAGUCUGUGAGAAACUAUGCCCGUGUCGUAAGAAAGAAGAAGCCAGUGAUGACAAGUCAGUUGAGUGAUCUUCCUCCGACAAUGCUGAAAAUGGAAUAUGCCGCUGUUCCACUCGCUCAAACAGCUGAUGACCUUGUCAAAAGACUUCUGACACUGGAACUAGCAAGCCAUAGCGAGAAGUUGAAAUUAAAAACGGAGCAGCUGAUUGCAAAAGUCCAGAGGGAUGAAGCUGACCGCAGCUCUUCAGAAGUCAAGGUGGCCAUUUUGACCUCCAAAAUCCGAAACUACCAGGAGCACCUGCACAAACAUACAAAGGACAAAGCGAACAAGCGAUGGAUGCUCAUGGCCAUUGACCGCAGGAAGAAGCUGCUCAAGCACCUCAGGGUAACGCGCUACGACGCCUUUGAACAUGUCUGCCAGCAGCUGGGCAUCACCUACACUUUCCCUCCGGAGUACUACAGACAUGCCACCCGACGCUGGCUGGCCAAGAAGGCCCUGUGCAUAAAGGUCUUCAAAGAGGUGCAGAAACAGAAACUGGAGCAAAGGAAGAAAAUUAAACAGACCCCUCCCCCCACUUUGGCAGAACCAGCCAGGACAGCAGCUACAGGAACCCAAUAAACUGCCACAGUAUCCAAUGUCUGUCUUACUCUAUGCAUUCAGUCUUGCUCUCAAUGGACAAAUUAGUUUUGCAUGGCCCAGUGAGCGGGGUUUGCUCCUUUUCGACCAUUCCAUUUGUCCUAAGGAGAAAUCUCCACCCACCCAUGCCACCAGUUCAUGUAAAAUUAAUUACAUUUACAUUUACAUUUAAGUCAUUUAGCAGACGCUCUUAUCCAGAGCGACUUAUAAAUUGGUGCAUUCACCUUAUGACAUCCAGUGGAAUAAUACAUAAUUGUCCCAUGUAUUGUUAUACUGUAAUAAGCAACAUGAAUAACUUAUUGUCUGUAGUACACCAAGUCUUCAUUCUUCUUGUCCCUUCUGCAAGUAGAUGCAUCAUCAAAUAAAUGCAGUGACGCAGAUAUGUGGUUUUGGUGUGGGCAAUGUCUAUGUGCUCUGCAUAUGUGACCUGAGAGUGUCAAAUAAACCCACAAUGAAUAAUUUAAUAAAAUGUAUUGUAUAAUCCAUUUGUUUGCUCUCUUUAAAAAAAAAACACUUUUAUCUCAUAUAGUCACUUGUGUAUGGUGAUAUGUAACUACCCCAAUUGAGAGAUAAAACACUUCUACUUGAUGCUGAUUAAAAUGCUAAUGAAAGAUGAGAAAAGAGAACAUUACGCCCUAUGGUUGAACUGUGGUUGAAACUGAAGUGUAAGAUUAAUCAUAUGAUGACUUUCCUGAACAUAGCUUGUAAUCGUGUUUACGAGAACUGAAAGAACAUCAGAUAUCUGGUGUUUAUCGACCGACUUAUGUUAAACCAAGGUUAUACUCAUGAUCUGUCACCUGUGAAUUGACCUUAAAACCUAUAAUACUGUGGAAUGGUGAGGUCAUUAAACAACUUAACUGUC